AGGUCAAAGGUCAUGGAGUGACCGCUGGCCUGGGGACAGCAGAGGGACAGGGGAAGGUCAAAGGUCAUGGAGUGACCGCUGGCCUGGGGACAGCAGAGGGACAGGGGACGGUCAAGGGGAUGGUCAAGAACUGGGCAGUGGUGGAGGGCCGGAGGGGUCAGGGGUCAGCGGGGACAUUGGGGACAGUGUCCGGCCACGAGCCCAAGCCCUUGAUGACCCCUUUGGUGACCGCGCUGACCACCAGCCCUGUGACGUCACCGGUGUCACCUGAGGGGGUUGGCGCUGUCCCUGUGUCCAGUGACGCUGUCCCCAAGCCUGGGGUCACUGUCCCCGUGUCCAGUGCCACUGUCCCCACGUCCGGUGCCACCGUCCCCAUGUCCAGCGGUGUCCCCACGUCUGGCGCCACUGUCCCCACGUGUGGCGCCACCCUCCAGGCGUCCGGUGCCACCGUCCAGGUGUCCCCCUCUGUCCCAGUGUCCGGUGCCACCGUCCAGGUGUCCCCCUCGGUCCCCUCAGCCCCCCGGCCGGUGUCACCUCGCCGUGACCCCCCGUGUCCCCCCCCGUGUCCCCACCCCGCCCUGCAGCGCCGCAGCGGCAACACCAUCACCGUGCGGCCGCGCCGCGCCGCCGGCCCGCCAGGUGACCCCGCGGGUGGCCCAGGUGUCCCCCCGGGUGUCCCCCCAGGUGUCCCCGCGGGUGGUGGCCCUGGGGGUGUGGCCGAGCCCCCCAAGAAGCGCUACCCCACGGCCGAGCAGAUCCAGGUGAUCGGGGGGUACCUGGCGCUGCCCCGCUCCUGCCUGGCCAAGGGAGAGCCCCGGCGCAAGAAGCUGCAGAUCUGGUUCAGCGAGCGCGACCUGGAGCGAACCUUCUGCUACCCCUCGGAGGGGGCGGCGCUGGCGGCCUGGGGGGGACCCCCCGAGGAGCCCCCCGGGACCCCCAGCCCGGGACCCCCCGGGACCCCCCAGGAGGAGGAGGAGGAGGAGGAGGAAGAGCCCCCUCCCCCCAUGCCGGGGGGGCUGGGGGGCCGCGCCCUGCUCGUGGAUGAAUCCUGCCGUCGGUAACCCCGGCCCAGCCCCCCGGGACCCCCCCCAGGACCCCCCGGACGGGGCCGGACACUCGGACAGGGCCAGACACACGGACAGACCCCCCCCCCAAACCACCCUGGGGGGGGGGUUCCAGAACAUUCCACCCCCCCUGGCGGGGUCUGGGGGGUUUUUUUACCCCAUUUUGUAGAUUUUUUAGUACUGUUUUUUUUUAAUUAACCCUAACGAGGUUUUUUUAUCCUAAUUAAGGGGUUUUGUACCUUUGGGAGGGGAAUUUUAUCAGUAUUGAGUCCCAGUUUGGACUGGGCCUGGACCAGUUUGGACUGGAAGGGGCGUGGCCAAAGGCGUGGCAGUAUUUGGGGGGGGAGGGGGCGGAGCUGCUUUGAA